AUGAACUAUUCGGAUCUGAAUGAAAAACAAUGGCUGCAUAAAGCCGUAUCCGAGAGAUAUAUUAAAUAUAUUCCUUACAGUGCGCUAAGUCAUGCGGAGGUCGUUGGGAGAGGGGCCUAUGGGCAGAUUUCUCGUGCUUAUUGGUCGGAGGGAGAGAUGGAAGUGGCCUUGAAAGGCUUAUAUAAUGAUUUAACGGAAGAAUUUGUUCGUGAGAUCAGAAUCAUCCGUGAAGUUGAUUUUAAUGAAAAUAUUAUUAGAUUCCUAGGCAUUAGCUAUGACCUGGAGAGCAAUAAAUAUUAUUUCGUAUUACAGUACGCCAACGGAGGGUGCCUGAGAGAUUAUUUGCAACGAAGGUUUCUCGAUCUUGAUUGGGAAGCGAAAAGAAAGAUGGCCAUCGAAAUUUCCAAUGGGCUUAGUGUUAUGCAUAAGCAUUGCAUCGUUCAUCGAGAUCUUCAUUCCGGAAACGUGCUGAUUCAUAACGGUCAAAUGAAGAUUGCCGAUUUCGGGUUAUCAAAAUACAUGAAUAUCGACAACGGAUCAUAUACAGGAGGAACGGUUGCCUACACUGAUCCAAAAUACUUACAAAACAACAGAUUCGUGCGAGACAAGGCUUCUGAUGUUUACAGUUUUGGAAUAUUGUUAUGGGAAAUUUCAAGUGGUCGGGCUCCAUAUAAAGGCAUGAAUCGAGCUGAAAUCCAUAGAAAGGUGAUAAGUGGACAUCGUGAACAACCGAUCAACGGAACGCCGAUUGAAUACAUAAAGAUUUAUAGAGAAGCAUGGGAUGAGGAUGAGACCCUGCGUCCUACCAUACAAGAUAUAAGAGACAGAUUAGUUAACAUGAAAAUGAUGCCCAAGUAUAAAAAAACCAUGGAUGGUCUGUACAACCCUUCACAUGAACAAAUUAACCAAAUAAGUUCGAUAGAACUGGAAUUUCACAAUAUACAUGUGGUGAAUCCAGAAAACCAAGGAAACUCUGAUCUUUCUGACCAGUCUUGGACCUCGAGUCCCAUAUCAAAUUCAAGAGAAACAAAUAUAACCACUCCUAAUCCGAUUAGUGAAGAGCUUCUACCGUUACAUAAUCGUUCGUUGGAACCAAAUAUAACUACUCCUAAUCCGAUCAGUGAAGAACUUCUGCCGCCACAUAAUCGUUCUCCAACUGUUCGACCCGUUCCAAUUCAAGUGCCUAGAAAUAAUAGGAACAGGUUUGAUCCGUUCAGAUGCAAUGACAUCCUCAGUCGCUUUAUGGAAGAUAAACGUUGCCGAAACAACGUUCCCGAAACUUGCGCUGCCGCUUAUCAUAUUUAUUACGAGGAUGUUGCUGGUCUUAAGCAUCAUCUUGAGAACGGAGAAUCUGGUGAUGAUAUUUCUCCAUUCUUCAAUGGCGAUCCAUUGGUUAUAAUUGCCGCCCAACAUUGUUCCAGCGAGAAAAUGUGCCAAGUCUUCGAGAUACUUAUGCGUCACAAUGCCAACUUUGCACAUAUAACAGAAUUUACGAGACGCACGGCAUUUCACAGCAUAUAUAAAAAUGAGUUGAUAUUUAAGGAGGAAAUUAAUAGAAUAAAUCUAGCACAACUAUGCUUGAAUCUAAAAACUAUAUUCGAAUUCCUUGUGAAAAACGGUUGCGACAUAAACUCCCGAGAUUACAGAGGUCGAACAAUUCUGUCAUAUUAUAUAGCAGCCAAUGAACGAAAAGAUGGAUAUUUGUCAAUAAUCGGAUCAUUGCUAAAUUGUGGGGCAAAUCCAAAUCUUACUAUUAAGGCACGAUCAAACGACUACAUACCAUCUAAUUACAUUCCAUCUGACUUCAUCACGCCUGAAGUCUUCUCCGAAGAUGAUGAUAUAUUAGAUUGUUGUUCUCAAAACUCUCUGUUCCUAGCUAUCAAAUAUAAGUGGAAGUCAGAGUUGUAUGACUUAUUACUUGGUUAUGGAGUGGACGAUGAAAAGCAAGAUAAAGAAGGGCGUAGUAUAUUAAUGUUUGCUAUGUCAGAAAAGAAUUAUGAUGUCAUGCGUUGGAUAUUGGAAAAUAUACCAAGCGCAACUACGGAGGCGAGCCUAAAAGAGGCAUUAAAGACAACUGCGAGAUUUUCUAGAGAACGAACACUUUUGAAAAAGUGGAGAGAUGAUGGAAAGAAUAGAGAUAAUACGCAAAGAAACUAUGCAACAAAGAAGAACAAACAUGCUAUCCAUAUUUAA